UUAGAAUCUAUAGCGUCCUGUUCUGUCAAAUUGGAGUUUUGAGAUUGUCGUGAAACAGUGAAAGUUCGGAGCGAAACGACGGGAGUGGCCCUUCACUCAAUCUGGAAGCCAUGGAAGACUAUCUACCAAAUGAAUAUGAUGUCGUCGUCGUAGGGACGGGUAUGACAGAAUCUAUUGUCGCAGCAGCUGCAAGUAGAAUCGGUAAAAAGGUCCUUCACCUAGACAGUGAUGAAUAUUAUGGUGGCCUAUGGGCAACAUUUAAUUUUGAUGGUCUACAGAAAUGGAUAGAGGACCUAAAAGUUUCCAAAAAUAAUACUAAGCAUGUAUCUGAAGUAGAUUUAGAAUCUGAAGAAAAGUUUUUAGAAACUAGUAAUGAAUAUUCGACUGUUGAAAAUAUUGAGGAAACCUGGUAUAUUUCAAAUGAUGCUGAUCUACCAGUAGUGUCUUCAAAAGAUACGCAAACAGAUAGUACUGGAGAUAGUAAUGGUAGUGGUGAUGAAAAAGCAGAUGAUGAUAAAGUUGAAAAAAAGGAAAAUGUAAAACAAUGGAGUAUAGAUCGUAUAAGAAAGGAAUACAGGAAGUUUAAUAUUGAUUUGGCACCAAAGUUGUUAUUUGCACGAGGUGAAUUGGUUGAGCUUUUAAUCUCCAGUAAUAUUGCCCGCUAUGCGGAAUUUCGCGCAGUAUCCAGAGUAGCUACAUUCAUGGAUGGGAAACUGACACAAGUACCUUGUUCAAGAGCUGAUGUAUUUGCAAAUAAAACUGUUAGUGUUGUUGAGAAAAGAAUGUUAAUGCAACUGCUCACUUCAUGCAUGGAACAAGGAGCUGAUAGUCCAGAAUUUGAUGGAUUUCGUGAUAAAACCUUCUUAGAAUAUUUAAACACAAAAAAUUUAACACCAAUUGUGCAGCAUUAUGUUGUUCAAGCAAUUGCUAUGGCUACUGAAAAAACUUCCUGUAGAGAUGGUGUGAAUCGCACAAAACAUUUUUUGAAUAGUCUUGGACGAUAUGGAAAUACACCCUUUCUUUGGCCUAUGUAUGGUAGUGGUGAAUUACCUCAGUGUUUUUGCAGAUUAUGUGCAGUAUUUGGAGGAGUUUAUUGUCUAAAAAGGCAACUUGAUGGUAUAGUAAUACAUAAAAACCAAUGCAAAGCUAUCAUUAGUGGUAAACAAAGAAUAAGUUUGGAACAUUUAGUUGUUGGUCAAGGCCAUUUACCACCAGAAGUUGUAGCUUCUGAAGGAGAUCAACGGAUAUCACGUGGAAUCUUCAUUACAGACAGGUCAAUUAUGCAAGGUGAAAAGGAAAAUUUGACACUUUUAUAUUAUCCUCCAGAACAAUCUGAUCAAGAACCUGUUACAUUGAUUGAAUUGGGACCAUCUACAAAUGCUUGCCCUCAAGGAUUGUUUAUGGUUCAUAUGACAUGUAAACGAACAACAAAUGCAAAAGAAGACUUGGCCUAUGUUGUCAAUAAAUUUUUAAGAGCUGAACCUCUCGAUCCAUUAGCUAUUCGUUCAUCUAUUCAUAGUCAUACACAAACUGUUUCUCCAGAUAAAAGACACCUCCAGGAAGGUGAUCAAGAUGGUAGAGAAGAAUCUACAGAGAACCCAAAACCUCAAGUUUUAUGGUCAUUAUAUUUAAAUUUACCUGCAAGUGAUAUUAAAUUGAAUGAUUCUACGCCUAGUAAUCUUCAUCUGUGUUCAGGUCCAGAUUUAGAACUUGAUUUCGAUUUUGCUGUUAAUCAGGCGAAGAGCAUCUUUCAAUCUAUGUAUCCUGAUCAAGAUUUCCUUCCUCGUGCACCUGAUCCAGAAGAAAUCGUUCUUGAAGGAGAAGAAACACCAGGACCGAAAUUUGAGGGAGAUAUAGAGGCUGAAGAAAAACAGGAUGUCGAGAAACCAGAGAAAGAGGAUUAAAUAAUCUUUUUUCGUCUUUUCAUCUUGAAAACACGAGCCAGCUCCCUUAGCCGCACACCUCUUUCUAUCCAAAGUUAUAUGCGCCUUCUUUCGUUUGAAAGUCGGAAAAGCUUUAUUCGAAUAAUUAACGAACAAAUUUUUGCAAAAAAUUAAAUUGUCAAUUAUCUAGAUUGUGAAUGUUUAUGCUAAUUCAUAUUUUUAUGAACAUAAUUAAACAAGUGGAAUUUAAACAAUUGUUUCAUCUACUAAGUAUUAUAAGAAAUAAUUUACUUUAAAUAUUGUAUAUAUUUUUUUAUAUUAUGUGCAUUCUCUACAUCUUUAUAUUUUUAAAUUUUUUAUAAAUGCAUAAAAAUUCGCAAGCUAAUCUUCUAGUUAUGUCUAUAAGUGCUAGACAUUAUAUGAUGUAAUUUUAUAUAAUUUAAAUAAUUAUUUAAAUUAAGGAUGAAAUUAUUUUAUUUAUUUCAAUAUAAUUAUGUAAAAUUUGUUUUAUCUAGCACUCUUUGUAGAUGAGAUUGUUUGUUUAAAGUAUUUUUAUUUUUUGAAUAAUAUUUAUUCAAAUAACUUAAAAUUUGUUCGUAGAUUUUCGAAUAAAAUUUCACUUGACAGGCGCUCAAGUCUGCGUUACACUCGCUCUUUUAUUAAAUUACGGAUCAAUUGGCCGAAAGCAUUAGUUUUUCUUUCUUCCUUUUCUGGUCACACAAAUUUAUUUUCACAAUAUUAAGUUUCGAGGAAGUGAAAUGUAGUUUUAUAAUAAUACAUAAGAGAGAUGUGGAAGAACUCUGAAAUGAAGAAUGAGUAAUAUUUGUAAACUAAUUCUUCAUUAAAUUACAUUAUAUUUAAUAAUAAUAUUAAACAAAUUACAUAUGAAAAUUUAAUAAUUUAUAAAUGUAAUCAAUUUCUAAUUUAAUCGUAUAUAAUUGAUAUCGAUAUAA